GAGUUGGGUUGUGUUUGACAAAUUAGCUACUUGAAGCCUCCUUUUCUCUCUCUAGAAAAGCGAUCUCUCUCUCUCUCUUCCCCCUCUUUUGAAUUCGAAACCAAGCAGAUGGCGUCAUCGUACAAGAGAUCAAGCGGGCCGGUGCUCCCUCUGCGGCGAUCGAUCUCGCCAGUGGGCGGCUUUGCCUCCUCGUCGACUAGCCUCUCCGCUCGGACUACUUCUCCCUUCGUACAUCACCGAUCUGCCUCCCCCACGCACGUCCGCCUCGCCGGCGCCGGAUCUUCGGUUUCCCCUUCCAUCCGCUUCGCCCUCAACCGAUCCGCCUCCCCAGGGCGCUCCCUCGCCUCCUCUGAAAACCGAUCCGCUCCUGCUCCCGCCCCGGCCCCGGCACGCCGCACUUGCCUCUGUUCGCCCUCCACCCACCCCGGAUCCUUCCGCUGCCACCUCCACAAGGGCCUCAACGGAGGGGGCGGAUCCGCCGCCACAGCCUCGCAGUCGAACAGGCUCAACGCGCGGCGGUCUGCGAUGGCGAACUCGCUGGUCCGGAUCGGGACGGUGGAGGGCGACUGGGUGAAGCGCGCGCUUGCUGCGCUCAUCCGUCCCUCCUCUCACCAGCAGCGGCGGCGGGCCGCCUUCCAACUCCGCCCUAGCCGCCUCUCCCGGAUGUCCAACGCAGCAGAUCCCUAAAUCUCGGCCGUCCGAUCCACCGUUCUAAAAUCAGGUUCGUGGAAACACGCCAAUAAAACAAAAUCUCACCUCUCUUUCCUCAUCACACGGCCAGAUUCGCCGGGACAAUCGGAUUUCGUUCGGAGCUUUUUUGUUGUUGCUAUUUUUGUACCAGAGCUGGAGUUCGGCGCCGAUCUGAUCUCGGCUGUCCGAUUUGUACAUACAGUUAUUUGGCCGGCGUUGAUGCAACGCCGAUGGAACAAACACCGGAAAUGAACUGAGAAGAACACUUCCCAGAGCAAAAAUAAAAUUAAAAAUCA